GGCAGUGCUCGCGGCGGCGGCGACGGCGGCGGGAGGUUCGGUUGUCGCCCGUUGGCCGCGCGGCGCCGCGUUCGGCGGCCGCCAUUGCAGCUUAUUUUCAGUUGCUUUUUAAAGACAGAAAGCUCAUGGUGCAAAUUGUUAUUUCUAGUGCGGGGGCUGGAGGCCUGGCAGAAUGGGUGCUGAUGGAGCUACAGGGGGAGAUCGAGGCUCGCUACAGCACCGGAUUAGCUGGAAACCUCCUGGGAGACCUACAUUACACCACUGAGGGAAUCCCUGUGCUGAUCGUGGGGCAUCAUAUCCUGUAUGGGAAAAUCAUCCACCUGGAGAAACCUUUUGCAGUUCUUGUCAAACACACUCCUGGGGACCAGGACUGUGAUGAGCUUGGCCGAGAGACUGGCACCCGGUACCUGGUGACAGCACUCAUCAAAAACAAGAUCCUUUUCAAAACCCGCCCCAAGCCCAUUAUCACCAACGUCCCCAAGAAAGUAUGAAAGAACCCCGGAUUUUCCCUAGAGAGCGGCCUACUCCUUGGACUCGUGCUCCACUGCCACCUCGAGGACGGCUCGACGGUUCCCUGGGACCACAGGGGGGUCCUGCUCUGAACACAGGCCACCCACUGGGUGUGAACUCGGAUCCCUUUCUCAUGGCAGCCGGUUCUCUUGGUGGAAAUUUGGCCCCAUUUCCAAGGAACCCAUCUCCUUUUCCAACUUCAUCAGGCUCAUUGGCUUCAAAUCCAGCACCUUUCCCUGCUGGUACUCGUGACCCAGGCAUGGCUUCUUUUCCAAGAGGGAUGAAUCCCACUGGCACAGGUGCAGUUUCUUUCCCAAGGCCAGGUGGCCUUUUGGGCCCAGGCCCAGGCCCAGGCGCGGGCCCAGGUCCAGCUCUAAACCCUAGAACAGGAGCUCUUCCAGGUCAAGGGCCUCUGUCUAACCCCAGGUUAGGAGGUCUCCCAGGCCCAGGUCCUAUGCCCAAUCCAAGGGCAGGUGGUCUCCUGGGAGCAGGUCCUGACCCCAGAAGUGGCGGCCCUAUGGGCCCUGGAUCUGGACCCAACCUGAGAACAGGUGUCCUAUUGACCUCUGGGAAUGGUCCUCCUAAUCCUAGGCCAGUUGGCCUGGGCCCCGGACCAAGUCCCAAUAUGAGAUCAGGCUUUUUAGGUACAAACCCUGCUCCCAGGUCAGGUAUGUUUCCAGGUCCAGGCCUUGGGCCCAACCCAAGAUCAAGUGGCCUAGGUCCAGGUCUUGGGCCCAACCCAAGGGCCGGUGGCCUGGGCCCAGGCCCUAAUCUGGAUGCCAGAGCAAGUGGCCUCUUGGGUACAGGAUCUGGUCUUAAUUUAAGAAUGGCUGGACCUCAAGGCCUAGAUCUUGCCCCCAUUCUAAGAGCAGCAGGUCUUUUAGGAGCAAAUUCAGCUUCUUUUUCACAGGCUUCUGGAAACAUGGGCACAAACCCAUCUUCCAUGGCAAGAGUACCUGGCCCCAUAGGCCCGAACUCGGGUCCAGGCUCUAGGGGAAUGGGCCUUCCGGGGCCAAAUCCCUCUCCCAUGUCAAGGGGCCCUGGCCCUAUAGGCCCUAAUUCAGGUCAUUUCUCAAGGCCAGCUGGCCCCAUGGGAGUAAAUGCCAGUCCCUUUCCUAGGGGGGUAGGUUCUGGGGGACUGAACCCAACUGCCUUCUCUCAGUCUUCUGGCACAUUGGCCUCAAACCCAGCUACCUUCCAAAGGUCUGCUAGCCUCCAGGGCUCAAGUCCAACAGUUUUCCCAAGAGCCUCUGGGCCACUAGGCCCCAACCCAACUAACUUCCCACGGGCCACUGGCCUGCAGGGUCCAAGUCCAGCUACUUUCCCAAGGUCUACUGGCCCAUUAGGCCCUGGUCAAGUUGCUUUCCCUAGGUCAGCUGCUGGGCACCUGGGCUCUUCUCCAGCAGGCCCUGUGGGUAUCAACCCAGCUCCUUUUGCAAGGCCAACUGGGACCCUGGGUCUCAACCCAUCUUCCUUUUCAAGGAUGAAUGGCCCUGCAGGCAAGAGUUUGGUCCCAUUUCCUAGAGUGGGAAGCCUCCCUGGCACAAACCCAGCUGCUUUCCCCAGACCAGGGGGUCCAAUGGCUGCAAUGUACCCAAAUGGAAUGUUACCCCCUUAAACACUGUUUUCCCUCCAGGACCACCUUGGUUUCCAGGCACUGUGGUUCUGGGCAGGGGCUGUCUGUUAGGUAAAAGGGUAGAUUGGAGCUACAGUCUGAACAACAUAGCUGGGGCUCAAGUUCAGAUGAGCCAUCUUUUUCCUCUGCUUUUUUCUUUACUGAAGGUGAAAUGUUAUUUGUGGGAUGUGAACUGCAGCAGGUGGGAAUAAUCCUAGCCUUGAGAGAAAGGAUCUCCAGCCUUCCAGAAGCCUGCUGUGCUUUUGUCCCACAGCUUUCUGCCCCUUGUUUCUUACUAGUUUCUUGAAUUGUUCUUGUGGACUUUUCCUCAGGGAUACAUGGGCCUGCAGGUCCCAAUUCAUAUGUAGUCCCCUGCUCAGCACUGGAGAAUCAGCUCACUGCUCUCUAGAAAUGUUGCAUUGGUGAACGGACCAUGCUUCGGUAGCUCUGACCUGGGCAGCUUGGACCUGGUCAUCCUCUACUGCCAUACCUUUCCCUGGGGGCCUACACACAGAACAGGGAGGUGGACAACCACUUUAAAGACCCAUCAAAUGCAGUUUCUGCUUGACUGACUGGGCCUGCAGCUCCCUUCUCCUGGGACUUAAGAGACGGCCAGAUUUGAGGCUCCUCUACUCAUCCAACUCCCUCUUCACUGGUAUUCCCAAUCAAAGAACCUCAAAAUUUAAACUGAUAUGGAUGGGAAUAUGGGAAUUGGGGUGGGGGUGGGGGAUGAAGGGAAGAAAUCACUGUGCUUCGUUCAGCCUGACAUAAAAGGAUGGUUGGUGUUUUUCCUGCAUUGUAUCUUUUCUUACUGUUUCUUUAAUAAAUGGGACGAGAGGGC